AGUGUACGAUCGUCAUUUCGUAGUUGUAGAUAAAUUUUUAAAAAAUUAUUUUUUUUUUUGUUCAUUUUAUAUAUCUAUCAAUAAGAAGGCAAUAUAAUGCAAUAAAUGUGAUUAGACUUUGUGCACUUUUUUACAUCUCUCUCUCUCGAUCGUGUGUUGAAAAUUAAAUAAAGCAACAGGUCCAUCAAGUUGUUACUUCAGGAAACUUUUUUGUUAAAUAACUCGCCAAUAAUUCAUAAUUAAAUGUAAGAAUAGAGAGAGACUGAUUAUAAAUAUUCGCCAUACGGUACAAAACGUAAUUUUAAAUAAUUCAAAAAAUUGCAAAGGAGUAAAUUAAAAAAGAUUAGUGUCGCUAAAAAAUAUUGUUCGGACAGCAUUCCAACAACAGCUCCCACAUAACGUUUCUUUGCAUAUAAAACUGAAGGAAAUUUGUUCUUUUGUUUCAAAAAAAGAAAAAGAGUGCAGUUUGUUACAACUUUUGCUUGCUUAUGCAAAUAACCAGGUUGUUGCUGUUAUGUUAUAAAUAAAUAACUCUUGUUUUAAUAAAAAAAAAAAGUAGAAGAAAAAAUAUCAAAACUGUACAAUGGCUAAUAAGUGGUAGUUUAAUCUUCGUAUCUCUUCUAUCUACACGCGAAAAAAAAAAUUGUUGUGAAGAAUUUCUUAAUACAAAAAUAAUUGCCAAGUGCAGAUAAAGUCCUACUUACAUGCAAACCGAUAUACGGAAAUUCGCAAGAUAAUCGUUGUUCAGAGCAAUAAAGAACCUGAUAUUAAACAAACUUACACACAUAAGAUGGCCUCCAAUACAGAACUACAGUUGGACUGGUUGAUUUUGUGCAAAAAUAAAGAAAAUUGGGAUAAUACAGAUCUUCAAUUAGCUGCUGAGUUGGGAAAAACUCUUUUAGAACGGAAUAAGGAGCUGGAACAAGUUUUGAAACAUCAUCAAAAUGUCAUUGACGAUCAAGCGCAAGAGAUCGAAUACCUUCGAAAACAAAAUGCCGCAUUACGUGAAGUCAACGACUCCCGUCUCCGGAUAUACGAGCAACUCGAAGUUAGUAUUCAGGAUCUUGAGCGUGACAAACAUCGACUCGCUGUCGAGUAUGCCAACGACAAGAAAAAGUUCAAAAGUGCUUCGCAGAAUAUCGAGUGUCUUGAAACAAAAUGUGAUGAGUUGUCGCGUCAAAUCAACGAGCUGCAAACGAUGCUCGACAUGGAACGUAAGAAGAACAAAAGACUGCAAGAAGAACGAAAUGCCACACAGCAAUCGCCAACAACAACACAAAAAAUCUCGCCAAAUAAAUUCGAAACUGCCAUGAGUUUGAACUUGGAUCGGCACGAAGACGAUCACGAUGAGGCUUCCAUCGCUACGCCAACCAAUAACGAGGAUAUCAAUGCAAUUUUCAUCGCCAAAUCGAACCAGAAGACAGAGUUGAAGACGACGACAAAUGGAGAUGCGAAUUUCGACACGAGUACAGAGGAAGCGGCUCAACUUAAGGAAUACGAGGAGAUUAGAGCUAAUUAUAUGGCAAUGUGUGAUAAAAUUACCGAAUUGGAGGAGCAAUUGAGACAUUUGCAAGAGGAGAAUCAAAACUUGCAACUGAAGAUUGCCACGGUUAACGAAACGGAGGAAAUGAGAUCUGUGCAAGACGAAUUGGCGAUCCUUGAGGAAGUGAGACAAGGACAAAUGUGCACUCGUUGCCUUCGAAACACAGAUGCCCGUUUCGUGCCAGAGGAAGAUAUUUCCUUCAUUGGAACUGAUGAUGGAGAUGACGAAAGCUUAAUUGACUUAAUUCGUAAUAGCGAGCCGGGAACACCAAUGGUCUAUAGAUCAACGCUCAAUAUCAAGGACAACUUUUGCAAUAUCAGCUCGAAUCCAUAUCAAGAGCUAGUCGACAAAUACGAAGCCUUGCUUGAAGUACAACGACGCAAAGAGCCUAAUUACACUCACGAACCCGGAAUGAGUUUGCAUGAGGAACUAGCGGCAUCUAUGAACGAAUCAUCAAAAACUGGCGCCAGACCUAAAGAUCAACGAAAGACCCCCACAAACAUGUCCGAGACGGAAACUCUCAGUUCUGGCUUCUCCGAAGACACGUGUCACAAAACCACGCAAACGGAAUGUUUGAUAAACGCUGCGGCAGAUCUCUUCGAAGAACGUGCCGAUUUGCUUGAUUGUCGUUUCCAGAACAAAUUGGAGUACAAAGAGUUGUUCAAGGAGAUUUUCACGACUCUCAAGAACGCCACAGACCCGAAAAAUAUCGAAACUGAUGAAAAUCCCUUCAUUGAAGUCGCCUCCAAUAAUCGUUACGAAGAACUGAGCGAAUGCACAGAAGAUGCCCAAAGCAUAAUCUCAUCUGUCAUGUCAGAUCAAUCUUUGGCAAUGUCAGAAUGCAUCACAAAAACCGAGCGUCGUCGCAUCAAGAAGCAACAAAAAACGACGGAAAAGGAAAAAACCGGCGAAGAAAAUCGUCCGCCUGUCGUUUGUGGCGUUGCUGCCAAUGGAAGACUCGUGACGCCAUACAACCGCGAUCCGUUGCUCGAUGCGAUCAAUAUUUCGGGCAAAAAACGCGCGCGUCGCAGCAAGAAUAAGAAAGAUAAAUACGCGAAACCACUCGCCAGUAAUACGAGUGAAAAUGCACAACUGCAAUCGACAAUGCUCUCGUGGAACGCAGAAAUGGCGGAAUUUUAUUCGCGCAUGGAUUCGCCAACGCCAUCUCUCGUCGGGCGUUACAAGCAAGAAGGCACGUCAGAAGUAGAGUUUAAACCGUCGUCCGCUUCCAAGGAACUGCAUAAACUGAAGAAAUUGGAUUUGUCGUAUGCCGAAGUACUCAAGUCCACGCCAAAAUACAAGACACGUAAUUAUCGUAAGAAGUAAAAAACUAAAAAAAAAUACAAAUCAAGUCAAAAAUUUAUUACGCUCGCGCUCCUUAGUAGAAAUUCUAAUCAUAGAUUUAAUCCCAAAAAAACGCAAAAAAAAUUGGCAAAGUCAUUUGAAAUUAUUUUUUUCAUGGUAGGUAAGGAUUUGUAAGAUGAAUGUUUGUUUGAUUGGAAGUUUUUAUAAAUUGCAAAUUCAAUCGUAUAAAAAAAAGUCAAUAAAUUAUUUAAAAAAAUAUUUUUUGGUUUUAAUUUUUUAAAUUAA